AUGGCUACCGGCACGGCGGCGGCAUUUAUUCAAUUGAGGACGGUCUUCCUUAACAAGGUGGAGCUCUACGAAGAUGUCUACAAGUCCUGGACCGGGGUCUGCAAGAGCCUUCCGACCGACUGCGCUGUGAAUUAUACAAUCCAGCCGAUGGGCAAGGCUGGUGUGCAGGCAAGAAAAGAUCGUGGAGAGAGUAUCAUGGGACACGAGAGCAUUCCGCAGUGCUCUGUUUCAAUUUAA